CGUGAUCCUUGAGGUCCCUUCUAACCCUGGCCAUUCUGUGAAAUUUUGUUGUCAAGCUACAGGUGAGCUUUGACCCGUUUUGAAUAUAAUUUGAAUCAUGGUUUGGUCAGAGCUAUAUGCUUACUUUGGUAUUUAGUGCAUCAGGAAGUGAUGUGUUAUUGUUUCAGUGCACUACGGGAACACAUGCAAGGCUGGCCCAAGCUGUCUGCUAUGAUUUCUUAGUAGUGUUGUGUUUUAUUGGCCUAUAUUGGCUGUUGUAUUUUCUUGUGCAUGAUUUCUGCCAUUGUGCAGACCUAUUUCCAAAGGAGUUUUUGCCUUUUGUUACUUGAUUGUUUGGUAAGGAAUGUGGUUAAUGGAGAUUUGAAACAGAAUACCUCUUGGAUCUGGGAAUAAUAGCAAUACCCCAUAAGUUACUUGAAGCCUUAUCUUCAUUAGGCUACAAAUUCUCUUGCACUGAUUGGUCUUACCCUGGGCAAGAAUCUAAAUUAUCAGUAGUUUGUUCUUGAGGCUGAUAUGCAGGCUUGAGGCUGCAUUUAAGUCUGAUCCCUGUCCUUAAUACUUGUCUCUAAGAGACAAGGAUCAUCAACAGACAGUAGCUGCAGCAUUAGGCCAGCUGCUCUCACUGUAUCCAAAAUUGUUUGUUCCCUUUAGUCUUAUGGCAGCAACAGCAGCUCUGCUAGCAGGCUGAAGGAUGAAUACUGAGUUUGUCAAUGGCUCGUGUUCCAGUAGGGACGGCAGCCAGGAUCUCUUGCUUGUGCAUUAUCUGCUUCCUUCAGACUGUUGAUUAUUAAAACACUUUUGGAGACUUGUCCUUUGUGAUUCAUAAUUACAAACUGCCUUUCUUAAUGUCUAGAACUUAAGGCCUUUCUAAGUAAGGAGGAACUUACCUUUCUACUUAUUUGUCCUUGUUAGUGCUUUGAAUUUUCUUGCUAUGCUUUCUCAGUAGUUUCCAAACAAUAGCAUCUUUAGGGGGAACAGUUGCUUCAUUUUCACAUCAGUAUAAUGAGACAUCUUAAAUGUUUUUUUUUUCUCUGUUAGCUCUGUGAGCUAUUUUUAUGUCUUUUAAACUGAAAAUGGGUUAAGGAUGCCUAUAGCUCUUCCCAACUGGAUUCAGCUGGUUCUGAAGCACAUUGGAGAGCCUCGUGAGAGAACUUAAGAGCCACUUUUGAUUUGAAUGUGUUGAGUUACUAGUGCAGACUUACUAGUGCUGCCCCAAUGAGCUACUAAUAUCCUGAAGUAGCAAGUAGUAUAUCAAGCAAUAUCUUUGUUAAUGUAACUCUAGGAAACUGUUGUAAACACACAGGAUAGAUAAUGUGUUGCUAUGGUACCACUUGGUUUCAUGUUUUUAAUUCAAAACCUUUCCAAUUUUUCAGUUGUUUGUUGUUUUUUGUUUUUUUUUUUUUUCCCUAAGAAAAAGUUAUUUAAACAGAUGCUUGGGGAGAGAAGUCUAUUGAAAUGUGAAAUGAUACACUGAUGGAAGUCUGAGAUCCUGUGAAUCUGGUUGGCACGUCUAUGGUCUUUUGCAGCGUUCUGAUAAGAAAUAUGAUGAAGCCAUCAAGUGCUACCGGAAUGCACUCAAGUUAGAUAAGGAUAAUCUGCAGAUCCUGAGAGAUCUCUCACUGUUGCAGAUUCAAAUGAGGGAUUUAGAAGGAUAUAGAGAGACGAGAUACCAGUUACUUCAGCUGCGCCCCACACAACGAGCUUCCUGGAUCGGAUAUGCAAUUGCAUACCACUUACUUAAAGAUUAUGAUAUGGCCUUAAAACUACUUGAAGAGUUUAGAAAAACCCAACAGAUUCCUCCAAAUAAAAUAGAUUAUGAAUAUAGUGAACUGAUUUUAUAUCAAAAUCAAGUGAUGAGAGAGGCAGAUCUGUUUCAGGAGUCUCUGGAACAUAUAGAGACAUACGAAAAGCAAAUAUGUGAUAAACUAAUAGUAGAAGAAAUCAAAGGAGAAAUGCUAUUGAAGUUGGGAAGACUAAAAGAAGCUGGUGAAGUAUACAAAGAGUUAAUUGAGCGCAAUGCAGAAAACUGGUAUUAUUAUGAAGGCCUGGAAAAGUCCCUGCAACCUAGCACUUUAGAAGAGAGGCUUCAGAUUUAUGAAGAAGUUAGUAAAAGGCAUCCCAGAGCAGUUUCACCUAGAAGAUUACCUUUAAACUUUGUUUCAGGUGAAAAAUUUAGAGAACUAUUGGAUAAGUUCCUGAGGGUUAACUUCAGUAAAGGCUGCCCACCCUUGUUUACCACUUUGAAAUCUUUAUAUUACAAUCCAGAAAAGGUCUCUACAAUCCAAGAACUUGUUACUGGUUACGAAGCCUCUUUGAGAACAUGUGACCUUUUUGGUCCAUGUGAAAAUGGAGAGAGAGAGCCCCCAACGACGCUGCUCUGGGUUCGGUAUUUCCUGGCACAGCACUUUGACAAACUUGGCCAGUGUUCUUUGGCCUUGGAUUACAUUAAUGCUGCAAUUGCAAGCACUCCAACAUUAAUAGAACUAUUCUACUUAAAAGCAAAAAUUUACAAGCAUGUAGGUAACCUGAAGGAAGCUGCCAAAUGGAUGGAUGAAGCACAAUCUUUGGAUACUGCUGACAGGUUUAUCAAUUCUAAAUGUGCUAAAUACAUGCUGCGAGCCAAUAUGGUGAAGGAUGCAGAAGAGAUGUGUUCUAAAUUCACUAGGGAAGGGACUUCUGCUAUGGAAAACCUAAAUGAGAUGCAGUGUAUGUGGUUCCAGACUGAAUGUGCUGCAGCUUAUCAAAGGCUAGGGAAAUACGGUGAAGCCUUGAAAAAGUGUCACGAAGUAGAAAGGCAUUUUUUUGAGAUAACGGAUGAUCAAUUUGACUUCCACACAUACUGCAUGAGAAAGAUGACUCUUCGUGCCUAUGUAGACCUUUUGAGAUUAGAAGAUGUGCUCAGGAAACAUGCCUUCUACUUCAAAGCUGCUCGAUCAGCAAUUGAAAUCUACUUGAAGCUUCAUGAUAAUCCUCUUACCAAUGAAAGCAAAGAACAAGAAGUGAAUUCAGAAAAUCUCUCAGCCAAAGAACUGAAGAAGAUGCUUAGCAAGCAAAGAAGAGCACAGAAGAAAGCAAAACUUGAAGAGGAAAGAAAGCAUGCAGAAAGAGAGAGACAGCAAAAGAAUCAAAAGAAAAAGCGAGAUGAAGAGGAAGAGGAAACUAGUGGACCUAGGGAAGAACUAGUUCCUGAAAAACUGGAAAGGGCAGAAAAUCCAUUAGAAGAAGCCAUUAAAUUCCUUAUUCCACUUAAGAAUCUUAUUGGAGAUAACAUAGACACCCAUUUAUUAGCAUUUGAAAUAUACUUUAGAAAAGGAAAGUUUCUGUUAAUGUUACAGUCUGUCAAAAGAGCUUUUGCUAUCAACAGUAAUAAUCCAUGGCUUCAUGAGUGCUUGAUUAAAUUCUCUAAAGCUGGUAUGUGUAUAGGAAUAUCUGACCACAGUAACCUCCCAGAAAUUGUGAGCAAGGUCCUAACUCAAGAAAUGCAGAAAAUCUUUGUCAAUAAAAAUUUGGAAAGUUUUAAUGAGGAGUUUCUCAAACACAAUGCUACCUCCAUUCAGCACCAACUUUCAGGUGCAAAAAUGAUGUAUUUUCUGGACAAAUCGAGGCAAGAAAAAGCAAUUGCUGUGGCUACUAGAUUGGAUAAAAACAUGAGAGACAAAAAUGUGAAGACAUUAACCAAGGUUUUUGAGGCACUGCUUGACGGCAGUUUUGGAAGUUGCCACACUCAAUGUGAAGAAUAUCAAGCAGCCUGUCAUAAACUGUUUCCUUUUACAUCUGCCUUUAUGCCUGCCACAAACGAAGAUGAUAGCAGCAUUGCAUCUGUGAAUCAUACAGCCAUUAACCACGACUUACUGUCUAAUGAAAUAUGAAGUAGCAUAUGCAAGCCCGUGUGUGUGUGCCUACAUACCCACACACACAUACAAAACUCUGACUGUCAUUACAUGCUGGCUGGAUACGGAUCAGGGUUACUUUUCCAGGUUGCAUUUUAAUAUCUUUAACAGGUCUAAAAUGAAAUAUUCGGUUAGCUUAAUGAAAUGGAGUAUCCUGUUAGUUACUUUUUUUCCUCCCAACAAAAACUGCCAAUAUUUAUGUAAACAUGAUCUUUAAUCAGCAUUUUUCAUGUUUAUACUUGUACAGUUUUAAGUCUUUUAAUAAUCCAUCAGCCCUCCCUCACAAAAAGGAAAAUGAUGGAUGUUAGACUGCUUUCACAAGUGUCAUUGCAUAUACAUAUGAAUGUGAUCAUAUCCUGUUAAGAAAUGAUCUUUUGAGCAUCUUUAGCAGAUUAAGACAGAAGUGCUGCUUGAAUGACCCUCUUCAUCUUCUACUCUUGUUCUUGGGAUUUUAUUUUUUUUACCUUUUAUUUUUUAACCUUUGCUCAGUUUGGUUUCUUUUGAAGCACAGUGGAUGUUGGCGGUUUGCAUGUUUUUGUAAGGUGUGUGUCUCAUGGAACCGGUGUUGACGGAUAUGAAGAUUAGGUUUGUAUGAAAACUAAGGGUUUUUGAAAACUGUAUUCUAUCUGCCUUGUGUUCCAUAACUAUUAUUUCUUAAGUUUAUGAUCAGCUUAACGUUUUCUGUUUGAGUAUUCUCAAGCAACUCCCUGAAAAUGCAAUGAAUUUAAUACUGUUGUCUGUUUUGGUUUUUUAUUGUUGUUGUUCCAUCUUCCCCUUCUUUCUCUCGCUUCUGAUUUCUCCCCAUCUGUUCACUUACUGACAUUUAAGUUAAAAAAGCUGCUCCAAUAUUGGGUAAAUGCAUAAGGUACAGUAAAGGGGGAUGCAGUUCCCCUCUACAUCCUACAAAUUCACUGCUAAGUUUACUGUAUUACCUCCAUUAAAAGUCUUAGUUGUGAAUUUAUGGCCAAUAUAUCAGCACUUCUCCUGCCUAAACACUAUUGCUGUAGGUGCUGCAAAGCAAGCAGUAUGUGAGGAGUGUGUUUUAUAGUUAAAAACUGUUCAAGAGAGCACGAAGAGGAUGACUACAAAUCACAAUGAAUCUUUUUCUUUAUUCUGGUGCAUUAACUAUUAAAUACACGACAUGAAAAUGGAAGUUUGAAUCUAAUAUACCUAUUUAAAGCAUAAUGCUGGACAAAAUGGCUACAUAUGACAGCUUUACAUUCUAUAAAGAACUGCUAUCAAAAUAUAACUAUACUGUGGCUUGUACAGAAAAUCCAUUUUCUGGAAACUGUAAUGGAAUCAUUCAGUCAGUUUUGUUUUUAUUCCACUGCAGUGUAAAUAAUUUCAGUAAUAUUAACUAGCCCCUCUAAGGCAAAUAUGAAUUCACGAAGAGGGGAUUUUAUUAAGACAAAUAAACUGUUCUAAUUAAAAUUCUCUUUUGUGUGUCAUCUAUUUAGAUUCAAAACUGUUGAAUGGAAGACUCACUGUAAAAUAUUGCCAACAUAUGUUAUGCUGUAAUAAAUUAUUUUGUACACACUU